AUGAAGCUUGAGGAACUGCAAAGUUCGUUGGAGGCUCAUGAAUUACGUCUUCAAGAUCGAGUGGCUGAGAGGAAUCACCAAGAUCAAGCGUUGAAGGCUCAGACAUCGAAGAAGGCGUAUGAUGAGAAACGCAAAGGCAAAUGGAAAAGCAAAGGCAAGGCCAAAGGGGAAUCUUGGUCUUCUUCAAGAGAUGAUGAUCACAAAAGUGGUUCUUCACAGCAACGUGGUGGUCAUGAGAGGAAUUCUGGCAAGAAUCAAGGUUUCUCUAUUCUCCACCUUAUCUCUUUCAUUCUUCUUUGGCCUUUCUUGCAACAAUCUUCUCAUGCCAUCAAAAAGUCAUAUAUUGUCUACUUAGGAUCACAUUCUCAUGGGCCAAAUCCUUCAGCAAGUGAUCUUCAAUUUGCAACAAAUUCACAUUACAAUUUACUUGGCUCACACCUGGGAAGCCAUGAGAAAACUAAGGAAGCAAUGUUUUACUCAUAUAAUAAACACAUCAAUGCUUUUGCUGCUGUACUUGAAGUAGAUGAAGCAACCAAAAUUGCAAGACAUCCAAAUGUAGUGUCUGUGUUUGAGAACAAAGGGCAUGAAUUGCAAACCACAAGAUCAUGGGAAUUUCUUCUUGGGCUAGAGAAUAAUUAUGGAGUGGUUCCCAAAGAUUCCAUAUGGGAUAAGGCAAGAUAUGGUGAAGGUACAAUCAUUGCAAACAUUGAUACAGGUGUUUGGCCUGAAUCUCAAAGCUUUAGUGAUGAUGGAAUGGGCCCGGUCCCAUCAAGGUGGCGUGGAAUCUGCCAACUUGACAAUUUUCACUGCAAUAGGAAAUUGAUAGGAGCAAGGUUCUACAGCAAAGGUUAUGAAUCAAAAUUCGGAAGACUAAACCAAUCCCUUUAUACAUCACGAGACGUAUUAGGACAUGGAACACCAACAUUAUCAAUUGCAGGAGGAAACUUUGUUUCAGAUGCUAAUGUUUUUGGCUUUGCCAACGGUACUGCUAAAGGUGGAUCACCAAGAUCUCAUGUUGCAGCCUACAAAGUGUGUUGGCUUGGAACAGUUGAGAUUGAAUGCACUGAUGCAGAUAUCAUGAAAGCUUUUGAGGAUGCUAUAAGUGAUGGUGUUGAUGUGAUUUCAUGUUCUUUAGGUAAAGGUAGUCCUACAGAAUAUUUUGAAGAUGGAAUUUCUAUAGGGGCUUUUCAUGCAGUUGAGAAUGGUGUAAUAGUUGUUGCUGGUGGAGGUAAUUCAGGACCAAAAUUUGGAACUGUUACUAAUUUGGCACCUUGGUUGUUUAGUGUUGCUGCUAGCACAAUAGAUAGAAACUUUGUUAAUCAUCUUCAACUUAGUGACAAGAAGCAUAUAAUAAUGGGAACUAGUCUUUCAACCGGUUUGCCAUAUGAGAAGUUCUACUCCUUGAUCAGUUCUAUAGAUGCCAGAGUUGCUAAUGUAACAACGGAAGAUGCUGAAAUGUGUAAGGUUGGAAGUCUUGACCCAAACAAGGUUAAAGGAAAAAUCUUGUUCUGCCUCCUAAGAGAGAUAAAUGGAUUAGUUUAUGCAGAGGAAGAAGCUGUUUCGGGUGGUGCAAUAGGACUAGUUUUGGGAAAUGAUAAGCGGCGCGGUAAUGACAUUAUGGCAUAUGCGCAUUUGUUGCCAACUUCACAUAUCAAUUACACAGAUGCUGAAUUUGUUCAUUCCUACAUCAAAGCCACCAAAAACCCCGUGGCUUACAUGAGUAAGGCAAAAACUGAAUUGGGAGUAAAACCAGCUCCAGUAAUAGCUUCACUCUCAUCAAGGGGACCUAAUCCCAUCCAACCGAUAAUCCUCAAGCCCGAUAUCAGUGCACCAGGUGUGGACAUUGGACUGUCCAACUGGUCUUGCAUCAGAUAA